AGAGCAUCAGGAAGACACAUUCCUCCCCGGCCCAGCGAAGUGAACGCAGCGCGUCUGCGGCGGCGACAGGCAGAGAUGGCCGGCGGUGGCGCCGCCGCGUCGGCGCUGUCGAGCCCGUGGAGGGCGCUGCUGCAGCGAGCGCUGGACGCCAACGCGCACCUCAAGCACUCCACUUUCUUCCAGCUCGCCACGGUGGGCGCCGGCGGCAGGCCGGCGAAUCGCACCGUCGUGUUCAGGGGGUUCCAAGAGCACUGCGACAAGAUUCAGAUUAACACGGAUGCGCGGAGCAACAAGAUUGGGGAGAUCAAGGAAUGGCCCCUCGGCGAGAUAUGCUGGUAUUUCACCGAUUCCUGGGAGCAAUUUCGGAUCAGCGGUAUCAUAGAUGUGAUCGACGGUUCCAGUCCGGACCCUGCCAAGCUCCAGCAACGAGAGAAAGCUUGGUUCGCCAGUUCAGUGAAGUCAAGAUCACAAUACUUAGGACAAAGUCCAGGGGUUCCCGUCGCAAAUGAUGACCACAUUAAGGAUGUUCAUAUCGAUCCAUCGGCUGCCCCAGUUGAUGCCUACUGUCUUCUGACUCUUGAUCCAGAAAAGGUUGAUUAUGUGAACUUAAAAAGUAAUCAGAGAUUGAUGUUCACAAGAACCCAGGAAGGAGAUGAGUCCAGUGACUGGAUGGCCGAAAAAGUUAGCCCAUAAUGACUUUUUUUGUUAAGGAAGAACUGAAAGGUGUUAUUGGCUGCCACUAUUUUUAUUUGGUGAUUUUCCAUGGCAAGAAACUGUCUUCAUUCUACAAUAUAUUUUCUAGCAUGUCAAAAUGUAUUUUUUGGUAGAGCAUCCAUGGAUUACCGGGUCUGAACAGCUGUGCUAUGUGCUUUAUCUGCAUAACAGUCAUUUGUUAACAUACUUUAUGACUCUAAUUAAUAUCAGUGUUCGCUUUUAAAUGUUUCUCUUUUCUUUCUGGGAUUCUUACUUAGCGUCUUUCUUGUAACACUCAAAAUAUAUAUUUGGGCAUGUACCAUUCAGGAUUUCUACUGGCGAUGUUAAGAAUAUGUGCUUAAUCUGAAUUA